CGCCCAGCCUGGCUGCCUCUGUCCCUCUGAUGCCCAGGGGCCUCAUGGCCAAGUCCCUAGGGGGUGGGCCACAGGGCUUGGGACUUGUGCCUUGCAGCCCAAAGCGGUGGGUGUUCAAACUCCUGGACACUCUUGAGCGGGCGGCCACUGCCCCCUUCUGGGGCUGGCAGGGGCCACAGAGGGAGGGGUGUUGGGGCUGCAUGGAGCAGGGAUCCUGGCACACUCAAGAGCUCGCGCACACACACAGCCUGAGUCAAGCUGGCAGGAAGGCAGCCCCACCCCAAUAGCCCAGCACUUGCCUGGGAGGGCUGACCUCUGCUGGAUGGAGCAGGUCUGAGGGCCCUGUGUACCCCUUCCCCUGGCAGCCUUGAGGUCUCCUGUGCUGGUGCACGUGGACCUGGUUCCCAAGGACCAGAGACCGCCCCCAGGCACCAAGCGGAGUGCAAGCCCAGCGCUCUGCCCUGCCCAGCCACAGCAAGGAUGCCUUCCUACCCCCACUUUGCAGGUGGUGAAACUGAGGCCCACAGAGUUCAAAUGAUUUUGCAGGAAGCUAGAGGCUGCACAGCAGGUUUGGGAGUGGGGUGGGGUGGGGUGGUGGGAUCCUGGAGACUGACUUUCUACUCCGGAACACCAGGAGGGCGGCAAGUCCUCUUCAGACCUGGUCCUCAGCGGGGACUGUGCUCACAGUGACAGCCAGGCUGAGGCACAGAGCCCAGGGGCAGCCCCUCUUCUGUCUGCACCCCCUCACGCUCCUGGGCUGGUGCACCCUGGCCUCACACUUGGAGCCUAUCGCCCCCUGGUGGGCACAAGGUGCUGAGGGGCAGGACUGCCUACCCCAGGGAGCAUGGACCAGGGGCAGGCAGAGGGUGCUGUGAGGGGCCCAGGCCAGGGCAGCAGGCUGUGGAGCUGCACGGAAGGCUGUCUUCAGGGAGGCUGUGGUCCAGAGCUCGGGAAGGCAGCAGGGCUGAGGGACCGUGUCCCUAGUGGUGGUGCUGGAGGAGCCAUGGUGGACGACCCCUCUUCCCCAGGCCUCCCCAUUGCUCCAGAGAGGGAGGGAGGGACCAUCUGCUCCCCCAGUGACUGCACUGGGGAAGCAGAGCCUCCCUGUUCGCUCCUGAGCUUGGGGGCCAACACUGCCCCAGCAUCGCUCAAUCACUUUGACAAACCCGCUGCAGGCUUCCCAGAGCCAGGUGUGGAGGCUUCACCCUGGCUGGGAUCCAACCUUCUGCUCAGGGUCUGCACUGGGAUGAGCCAGUCCCCUUCCUGGGCUCUGUAGCCACAGAGCUGCCCCUUCCUGGCCUCUGUAGCCACAGAGCUGGUGACCGUGGCCUGGAGGGUGAGUUAGGGUUGCUAUCAGCUCUCAAGCACAGGCCUGCUCUCUCAGGAGCUGGGCCUCGCACUCUCUGGAGCCCUGGAUGGGGGCUGACCAGGAAGGGGACGGGGCUGACAAACCAGAAGCAGGGACUGGCGUGCCCUGGGCAGAAGACUGUGCGCACAGCAUGCUCCUGCAGUCAGACACAUGCGCAUGGCACAAGCACAGCUGCACACCCUUCCCACGGGCACCCUGUUCCCAUACCUUCAAGCCUAGGAUGUCAUAAUGGAACCAUCAGGAAGAAAUGUGAGUGUUUAAAGGUCCAUGAAACCUGAGUCCUCACGGUCUAAUCACCUUAGAUGAUGCCCAUCUCCCAGCACUGCUGCACUGGGUCCCAAGUCUCCAACCCAUGUUUUGGGGAGGCACAGUCAAUCCAUAGCAGAAGCGUGGGGCCGGAAGGACCCGUUUUGCAGCUGAAGUCUUCGAGAAGGGCAGAGGUCAGUGCUGCCCUAACCCUAGCCCAAGGACUGGGAGUUUCAACAGGAGAGCGGCAGCUUGGAGGAGCCCCCACCCCCUGGUCCAGAGGGACCAGCCCAGGGCACAGGGCAGCAGGGCUGCCCAGAGUCCAGGAGGAGCACGACCUGCACCCCCAGCUGGUGACAAGAGAGGGGACCCCUAGGACAGCAGCCUGAGGCCCCGAUCUCGGUUGCUCCUCAAGCUCCAGGAUCUGAGGUGGCUGCAUCCCAACAGCCUGAGGGGGAAGUGGAUGGACCAGGAAAGUGAGGAGCCUGUUGUCGUCACUGGAGGUAUCACCCCACCCAGGCUUGCGGUUAGGGGAGUUUCAGGCGCUGCAUGGGGACCCUGUGACUUCCUGAAACCUGUCUGCAGGUCUCCAGGGAGGGUGUGCAGCUCUGACGAUGGACAGCCCGGGAGCGUCUCAGGUGGCUUGGUCCGUGGCCUGGGGCUCCUUCUUCCCUCCAGGGCUGCUCAGACAAGAGGCAAGAGGAAUACACUGGGACUCUGCCAGCUGGCUGAGAUCAGGGGCUGGCAGCCUGCAGGCUUCCUAGGCUGGCCUUGAACUCACUACGUAGUCCAGGCUGGCCUGGAACUCACCACAGUCCUCUUGCCUCAGCCUCCUGAGUGCUGGGAUUACAAGUCUACACAGGCAGAGUGUCCUCACCUGGCAGCAGGGUGCAUGACGUGCAUGAGGAAGCUUGCUUUGGAGCCGCCCUGAGACUGCACCUGCAGCUAUGCCAGAAAACACCACCCUGGUGACCACCCCGGACCUCGCUGGGGAGCUCUGCAAUGCAUCCUUCGACGACAGCAAGAUGACGCUGCUGGUGGUGUACAGUGUGGUGUGCGCGCUGGGUCUGCCUGCCAAUUGCCUGACGGCCUGGCUGACACUGCUGCAGGCCCUGCAGGGCAACGUGCUGGCUGUCUACCUGUUCUGCCUGGCACUCUGCGAGGUGCUGUACAUCAGCACGCUGCCACUCUGGGUCAUCUACAUCCAGAACCAGCACCACUGGACCCUGGGCCCACGCGCCUGCAAGGUGACUGCCUACAUCUUCUUCUGCAACAUCUAUAUCAGCAUCCUCCUACUCUGCUGCAUCUCCUGUGACCGCUUCACAGCAGUGGUGUACGCGCUGGAGAGCCGGGGCCACCGCCACCAGAAGACUGCCAUGCUAAUCUCUGCAGGCAUCUUUGUCCUGGUUGGGCUUGUGCACUACCCAGUGUUCCACAUGGAAGUCAUGAAGGGAACCUGCUUUGAGCCCCUGCGCAUGAACACCAGCAUUGCAGGCUUCCACUACGCACGAUUUGCUGUGGGCUUCGCGCUCCCUCUCUGCAUCAUUGUGUUCACCAACCACCGCAUCUUCCGCAGUAUCGAGCUGAGCGGGGGCCUGACUGCUGCCCAGAAGGCCAAGGUGAAGCACUCGGCCAUCGCGGUUGUCGUCAUCUUCCUGGUCUGCUUCGCCCCCUACCACGUGGUGCUCCUCGUCAAAGCCGCUGCCUUUUCCUACUACAGAGGGGACAGGGAGGCUGUGUGCGCCUUCGAAGCCCAUGUGUACACUGCCUCCGUGGUAUUUCUGUGCCUGUCCACGGUCAACAGCGUGGCUGACCCCAUCAUCUAUGUACUGGCCACAGACCAUUCCCGGCAAGAAGUUGCCAGAAUCCACAAGGGCUGGAAAAAGUGGUCCACGAAGAUAGAGGACACUAGGCUCACACAGUGGAAGGACUCAGAGGAGACACGCUCACCCACGCCACUCACCCACAACUACGCAUUCCCCGCACCUGGCAACGCCCCAGGGCCGCAGCCAGCUGAGUGGGGCUCGCUGUGCACCCUGGAAAUCCCGACUGAGGAGUUCUGACAAGGAAGGGACCUCUCUACCUGCCUCAUGUCCUGGCUGGCU